GCACGCGCCGCCUAACGACCUUCUGCGCCGACGGUCGGCAGGCGGCGGCCGCAGAGUGGAUGGAGGCUUCGACCCCCGGCCGGGCGCGGCGGGGCUGGCGGCGGGCCCGGGCCGCGGGCUCCCCGCUCUCCUGGGCCACGGUCGUCCUCCUGCUCUCCGUCUUCUUGGCGCGGGCGUCCUCACCGGUUGACUAUUUGAUUCGAUUACCAAGAGGUUUUCGCUUGACCCAGGAUACGGUGAAAAUAGUGGGAUCAUCAAAUUAUCCAGUGAAAGUAUAUGUUAUGCUUCAUCAAAAGAGUCCACACGUGUUAUGUGUAACCCAGCGACUGCGAAAUUCGGAAAUGAUAGAUCCAUCAUUCCAGUGGCAUGGACCAAGAGGAAAAAUUAUUUCAGAUAUAUGCAAGUCACGACACCCACAGAAAAACAAACGAACCCUGCAUGACACACCAUUACGAAGACUGUUGCACCUCCUGGGCAAGGAGAACAUCAGGAGCGCACUAAGUUCCUGGAACUGGUGGUCUCUUACCACACAAUUGGUGACCCUCCUGAGUACGGUUCACACACUCAGAAGGUCAUCCUGGCACCGGCUGUCAGCACACACCAGGCGCAGUCUCGAGUUAGUUAUGCUCCCAACAAAUGCCAGUGAUUCUGUAGAAAACAGCACUACACAGGUAACGUCCACCGGAAGCCUCAUAUUCCAGAACUUUGAGGAGGAGAUGAGUGGAGUUUAUACAUGUUUCUUGGAGUAUAAACCUGCUGUGGAGGAAAUUGUGAAGAAUCUUCAACUAAAAUAUGUCAUAUAUGCUUAUCGUGAGCCUCAUUAUUAUUACCAGUUCACGGCUCGAUAUCAUGCAGCUCCCUGCAAUAGUAUCUAUAAUAUUUCUUUUGAGAAGAAACUUCUUCAGAUUUUAAGCAAAUUGGUCCUUGGCCUUUCAUGUGAAGUUUCUUUACUGAAGUCUGAAUGCCAUCAUGUUAAAAUGCAAAGAGCUGGUUUGCAAAAUGAAUUGUUCUUUACAUUUUCAGUUACAUCUCUAGACACUGAAAAAGGACCUAAGCCAUGUGCAGACCAUAACUGUGAAUCUUCCAAAAGACUGUCUAAGGCUAAAAAUCUUAUAGAGAGAUUUUUUAAUCAACAAGUAGAAGUUCUAGGCAGACGCGCAGAGCCACUGCCGGAGAUAUACUAUAUUGAAGGUACUCUUCAAAUGGUAUGGAUUAAUCGCUGCUUUCCAGGGUAUGGAAUGAAUACCCUGAAACAUCCAAAAUGUCCUGAAUGCUGUGUGAUUUGCAGUCCUGGAUCCUAUAACCCCCGUGACGGAACCCACUGCCUUCAGUGCAACAGCAGCCUGAUAUACGGAGCUAAAGCAUGCUUGUAGGCCACCGUUUUGAGCUCUUUGUUGGCUUAUUAAACACAAAAGUAUAUUUUUGAAGUAUUAGUACAUAAUAAAUCACUAUUAUGCCAAAAUUAAAUAUAUUAGAUUUUACAAUA